AUGCUCAGUGGUCUCAUGGCGCUGUCCUUCAUGGCCGGCGUGGCAGCACCAGCGGCGGCACCUGUGAGCGCCAAGCGAAGAAGGGAAGCCUCCAAUGGUUCUGGAGCCAAGCCAAGUGUCGACAAGCAGGUGGAAGCAUUGUCGGCGCAGCUCAAGGUCGUGAUGAGCCUUGUGAGUCAGCACGACCGGGACCUGAGGGAGUUAGAAGCGUGGUCGACUUUCACCUUCCUCUUGAAGAAGGACACACCUCUCGCUCAGGAGCUGCUGAAGGCCAUGCAGGGCUGGAAGGACAAGCUUCCGGAGAAGGGUGCUCAUCCAUUAGGUCCUCCUCGCUGGGCAGUGGCAGGGGCUUUGGCGCAGUGGCUUGUGCUGGAAGAGGAGCGACAGAGCCAAAUGCCGCACUUCUUCAGCUUUCACAACGGCCUCAAGCUGCUCUCGGACAUGGAGUCGUCGGUCCAACUCGCAAUGGUUCGAGAGACGAAGGAUCAGAAAGUACUCUUGAGGGUGCGACCGCAACUGACCAGACAGGGUGAAUGGCAAGAAGCCGUGAUCGUCCUGAAAGCUGUGGUCGCCGCGGAGGGUGGGGAAUUCAAAACCGGAGCAGCUCCACCAAAUCCGCUCGUGAGGAACGACCAGUGGGACCCUAGCAUGACGCGGUGCAGUGCACAGAAGAUCCGGAACCGGAUCAGACUUCGUUUGGGUGCCCUGUCCGGCACGACGCUGAUCACCGGCAAAUCCUUGCUUGAAGCCGUGACGGCCCUGGGUCUUACGACCUAUGGCCUGGAGGAUAUGAACGACAUGAUCAAUCGCCUUGCGGACUUCGUCGGCCUCUAUUUUGAACCGUAUUCGGGCCGAAGAUCUUCCUAUGGCUCCAAGGAGGAGACUCGCCUUUUCGGAAGACCGAAGUGGAAAUGGCCGGGGAGCGACGGCGAUGAUGGCACGACUAUGCGCCGAAGUGUGACAGCAGGCAUGCCAUUCGCCGACGCCCAGCCCAUCCGCUCGUUCAACGUCAUACCGGCCCAAGCUCUCGUUGAUGUCCUCUUCUCAGAGGAGGACGACAUGGUCAAGAGGAUCUUUGGGCCAAGGCUCAUCGCCCAGUUCCGGGCAAUGCAGGAAAUUCUGCUGGCCGGGGACACGAACCGGCUCGUGGCCGAACUGACCUUUGUCAGAAUCAACGAUCUGGCAGCGCCGCCAGAGCCCAUGCAUCCUCUCAUGUACAUUGAGCCCCUUGUUGCGAUCCUGAUUGUUGGCAAUGGAGUUAUGAUUGGCUUGCACACGGAUCCCAUGCACAAGGACUGGCCUGGGUGGGUCUACGUGGAGCUUGCUUUUCAGAUAGUCCUCUUCCUCGAAAUCCUUCUACGCAUGCAUCUGCUUGGUUGCCGAAGCUAUUGGUGCGGCAGCGACGUGUAUUGGAACCUCUUCGACUUAUUCCUUUUUGGCACCGGUCUGAUCGACCUCGUUCUGCAGUUCAUCGGGAACCAGGGGACGGACAUGGACGCCACAUCGCUGUUGCGCUUCUGUCGGCUGAUUCGCCUGGUGCGCAUUGUGAAAAUUUUCCGCAUCCGGUUCAUGAAGGACCUUCGCCUGAUGGUCAAAGGUUUGAUCGCUGGCGUCCGGACGCUCGCUCUCGCUUUCGUGCUCCUUUUCGCUGUGCUGUACGUCAUCUCAGGGUUCUCGGCCAUGACGAUCGGCGGCCACUACGGCCCCGAGGACGAGCUGACGGACGACUCCUUGGUGCCCUACUUCAGGACUAUCCCCGACGCGAUGUUCACAGCUUUCAGAUGCUUCACUGGCGAAUGUUCGACUCAAAGUGGGAAGCCCAUUCACUACCUGCUCGCCGUCGAGUUUGGCUAUCCUUUCAUGUUUCUCUACGUGGCCUGCUACAUGCUGGUAGCCAUGGGCAUCUUCAACGUCAUUCUCGCAGUCUAUGUGGACAUCACCAUGAAGGCUGCCAAGGAGAAUGACAUUGUGAACGCAGAGCAGUACUCCCGCGAGUCUAUCCGAAUCGCCAAGGUUACGCGAGAGCUGCUGAAGAAGUUCUCGGCCGCGUAUCGGAUCUUCAACGACAUGGAUGACCAGAUAAAAGACUCUACCUCGUCGUCUAAGCGCCUGGACCUCGGCAAAACGGCCGUGUUCCACGAGGCUGAGAUGGACAAAGUGGCCAUCACCAAGGAAUUGUUCUUGCUGAUCAUUCAAGACACGGGCGUGCAAAAGCUGAUGGAUGAGUUGGACUUGCCACCGGACCGCGCCAACAUGUUUGAGAUCAUUGAUGCAGAUGGCUGCCUGGCAGUUCUGCACUAUGCCAUUCUACAUGCCUUUUCUGUGUACUGUUGGAGUGCGUUGCAGCAUUCUUAUUCAACUUUCCAAUCUUGA